AUGGCGGAGACCUUGUGUUCCCCCAGAGACAGGGAAGGCUCGAUAUCAUGUCCUGGCUGUACAGGACCUUUGCCAACUUCUGGCUGUGGCUGCAGCACAGGUUACACCAUCUUUCUCCGCUGCAAGCAGGCGACCAUUCACCUCGACUGCAGUCCCUGUCAUCUCAUCGGGAGUCCUCGGAUUCAGCGGGAGAGCAGGCCCAAAUAUGAUGGUGGAGGGAGCAGUUCAGCUCGCACAGACACAAGGCGGCACAGACACCGGUGUCAGCGCAGACCGCUGCUGGACCUCAAGUGA